UGUUUGGUUGGUUGUUUUUUGAUAGGAAGAUUUCUAGCUACUGCUUCAAUUCCUUUUAUAGGUAUAAGACUAUUCUGAAUUUCUUUUUCUUCUCGAAUCAAUUUUGUUAUAUUUUUCUAGGAAUUGGUACAUUUUACCUACAUUUUCAAAUUUAUUGGCAUAAAGUUCCCUUAUAUUUUUAUUCUCUGCUGUAUCUAAUCUGUAGUUAUGUCUCCUUUUUCAUUGUUAAUAUUGGUUAUUUGUGCCUUCUCACUUUUUUUCUUGAUCAAUCUCACCAGAAGUUUGUCUAUUUUAUUAGUCUUUUCAAAGAACCAACUUUUGGCUUUGUUGCUCCUUUCUAUUGUGUCUUUGUUUUCUAUUUCACUAAUUUCGGCUCUUAUCUUUUUUGAUCUCCUUCCUUCCACAUUCUUUGGGUUUAUUCUUUUGUUCUUUUUCUAGCUUCUUAAAUUGGACAUUGAGCUCAUUAAUUUUCACCCUUUCUUGUAUUCUGAUUUGUGCAUUUAAGGAUAUAAAUUGCUCUCUAUAACUACUGCUUUUCUACAAGUUUAGAUAUAUAAUAUGUUCAUUGUUAUUCAAUUCCAAGUCCUUUUACGUUUCCAUAACCCAUGAGUUAAUGUAGAAGUAUGCUUUUAAAUUUCUAAAUGCUCGAGGAUUUUAAAUCUUACCUCUUUGUUAUUGAAACCUGUCUUAAUUGCAUUAUGGUCAGAGGAUGUGAUCAGUGUGAUAACAACCCUGAAAUUUAUUGAGACUUGUUUUAGCUGUAGUACGUGAUCAAUUUUUUUAAUGUUUCCUAUGUGAUUUAUAAAAAUGUGUGUUCUCUAAUUGUUAAAUACAGGGU